AUGCAGUGGAACGUGUGCGGCGUGCGCGGCAAGGUUAACCUCCUGCGAGCUGCGAUCGGCACCGACGGCUUUGACGUCAUCCUAUUACAGGAGACGCUCCUUCGGGAGGGCCAGUCGGUGCCUUUCAAGGGCUACAGGGCCUUUUACCUUCCUGCCGUCGCCGGUGCGGCGCGUGGGUGUUGUAUCUUGGUCAGGGAUGUACUUCCCUGUUCUCGAGUGCAUCGCCCCGUGCUGUGCGGUGCCGGUGUGGAGGUAUUGGCAGUCAAGGUGACCUUGCCGAGCGCGUGUGUCGCGUUCUACUGCGUGUACAGCGGGCCGCGGGCCGAGCCCGACUUCACUGAACUCCUCUCCCUGGCUAAUGACGAACCCACCUUCAUCGGGGGUGACUUCAACGCCCACCAUGAAAGGUGGGGGAGUGGGGGGAGGAACCGCGCCGGGCGCCACCUUGCCUCGGCCUUGGAGGACGUUCCUGGGGUUGCGCUCCUCAACACCGGGGUGCCCACGCACAUGGCUGGUGGCGUCUUGGACCUCAGCUUUGUGUCGCAGCCACUUGCAGUCGGCGCAACGUGGACCCUCCACCCGCACCUCGCGAGCGACCAUUUCGCCUCCGUUAUUGCACUCCCUGUCCCGCCGCCUGUGUUACCACAGCGGCCUCCGCGCUGGAACCUGCGCCGGGCUGACUGGCCUCGGUUCCGCGGGGCCGUCGCCCGUCGUCUGGCCGCCACCAUCCGGCCCGACGACCUCGAGGCGGCGGACGAGCGCCUGGUUGACGCCUUCACAGCUGCUGCUGAUGAGUCGAUCCCCCUCCUCCGGCCUGUGGCGGUGAUCCACCGUGAAAGGUGGUACUAUACCGAGGAGGUGAGGGAGGCGAACCACCGAGUCAACCAGGCCCGUAAGCUUAACAGGAGAGUCAACACGGAGGCGACGCGAGGCUUGCUGCGCGCUGCUGUCCGUCGCGUCAGGGAAACCGCCGACCGGGUGCAGGAGGAGCACUGGCUGGCGUGGUGCGAGGGACUUGACGGCUGUACGUCCGCUGCAGUCCUCUGGCGGAAGCUGAGAGCCGUCGCGGGGGGUGCCGUUGCGCGCCCAGCAUUACAUCCACAGCCACAGGCCGAGGCGGAGCGGCUUGUUGCCACCUUCUCCUCCCGUGCUGCUUCCGCCCGGCUUCCGGUCCACACUCGCGACCUGCUGAGGGAGGCGAACCCCGGAAGAGUAGCCGCCUUCAGGGAGGCCUGCCUACAGGCGCAUGCCACUGACGCGCCUAUAGAGCUAUGGGAGCUGGAGCGGUCCAUCCCCAGGAAGGACACCGCCACCGGGGUCAACAGGAUCCCCUACUCUUUCCUGGCGAACGCUGGCCCGGACAUGCAGGCAGAGGUUCUGGGACUCUUCAACACAUCCCUCGAGCUCGGAGCACUGCCAGCCUCCUGGAAGCUGGCCACCAUUGUUCCCAUCCCCAAGAGUGGAGACGGGCUCCAACAUCGGCCGAUCUCCCUCCUAAGCUGCCUCGGCAAGUGUAUGGAGAGAGUCCUACUUCCGCGCCUUCAGUGGGCGAUGGGCUCCCUCCAUCACCACCUCUUUGCCUUUCGCCGGGGCAGGGGCACCAGGGACUGCAUAUCCACCCUCCUCUCUGGUGUCCUGGGGAGACGGGCGGUGGUGGUAUUUAUUGACCUAGAGAAAGCUUUUGAGCUCGCCUCAGCCCCAGCCAUGCUCUCCAUUCUAGCUGAAAGGGGCGUCCGUGGCCGCCUGCUGGCGUGGGUGGGCCAUUACCUGGAGGGACGGAGAGCGGCCGUCCGAUUUCAGGGCCAUACGUCCGCGAUAGAGACUUUUGAGAACGGCACGCCUCAGGGUGGCGUCCUGAGCCCCGUGCUGUUCAAUCUGCUCGUCGAGAAGUUGACAUCCCUUCCGACGAGCGGAAACGCCAGAGUCCUAUCGUAUGCGGACGAUGUGGCCCUGGUGGUGUGGGGCCCCAACCACGUGGCCUGCGCCCGCCAGCUCCUCCGCCGGCUGAACCAGACGUGCGCCGCCCUAGGGCUGGUCGUCAACAGGACUAAGACAAGGGCCAUGGCCUUCCGCCACGGCCACCUUCCUGAGCCCUUCGACCUCGAGGGUACGCCCGUGCCGUGGGUGCACACUUACAAGUACCUCGGGGUCACUGUUGACUCCAGUCUGUCCUUCGGCCCGCACAUCGCUCGCGUGCGGGACGAGGUACGGCGGCGCACUAAUGUGAUGAGGGCCCUUGCCAGAACAGCGGGUGUGGCUGGGAACAGGGUCCUGCGGACUUUCUACGUCCAGGACGUUCGGUCCUGUAUUGAUUACGGGACGCCGUGCCUGCUGACGGUGGGUCCAGUGGCGCUUCGGCCGCUGGAGACAGCUCAGAACGCCGCCCUCCGCGUCAUCGUUGGCGCCCCCAUGUGGACGAAAUGCGUGUGCAGCGUCGCCGCGAGAGUCACCCAACUCUCAGUGGGGCAUCUGGCGGCGCUGCUGAGACGCAUGGGGGCGGAGCAGCUCCGCGCCUCCGUCGGGCAGGCCCUCCUGCAGGACCCCCUCCUGUUCCGCAAGAUAACGUGGGCGACUGUGGCGGCGGCCACGAUUCGCAGGAGCGGACUCCCCCACGCCCUUGCGACGGCUGUGGAUGCCCCCCACCCCACCUACGUUGCCCGCCCCCCGUGGGAGCCGCCUGCCUUAACAGCCACCAUACGGCCGCUCGCCAAAAGGAAGGCCCUCCUCACCCCUCUGGAGCUGGCCAGGGAGGCAGACAACGGCUCCGUCAACCACCAGACGGGGGCUGUCGGCGCUGCUUCUGUGUGCGAUGGGGCCACUGCUGUAUAUCGUCUGCCAGACGGCUGUUCCUCCACCCAGGCUGAGCUGGCAGCCAUUGGCGGGGCGCUGGAUCAUGCAGUGGAGGGGGGUCGGGGCCCUGUCUUGAUCCACUGCGAUUCAGUCCCUGCCAUCCGCUCUCUGCUACAGGACCCCCCGCGCGACAACGUGUCCCUCCUCACCUCCAUCCUCGCGAGGCUGGCAGAGUUGAGAGGAGCGGGGCGCCCAGUAAAAGUUAAUUGGUUGCCCAGCCACUCGGGCGUGGCGGGCACCGAGGCGGCGGACGGCGCUGCUGCUGAGGCAACGCUCCUGCCUGCUGUCACGCGGCCUGUUGUGGUGAGCCUGGCCCAAGUGAAGAGGGACAUGGCCGCACGAUCUGCUACUGGGGUUGUCAGGGAGCUGGAGGAGGCCCUGGCUGCGGGCUCGCCGUCCGCGUAUUGGUACUCGGCGGCCACUAACACCGGCGCCCGCCAACCCCCGCCAAACCUGCCGAGACGGGAGACAUCCAACAUCCGCCGCCUCCGUCUCGGCUACAAAUGUGCGUCAGUCCUUCACCCUGAUGACCCUGCCCCUGUCGUGUGCCCUUACUGCGAGGAGGAGGCGCCCCCCAACCACGCCGCUACCUCUGCUGUCUCUGCCUUGCCCGGCACCGCUUCUACCUCCAACGCCGCUCCUGCUGCUUCCUUCCCUGCCACGCCCGGCACUGCUCCUCCAUCACACCCCGAGUCUGCUGCUUCCGGCCCUUCGACCCUUAAAGUCCUGGGUCUUCCGACGGCGGGGUUCGAUACGGCUCUCGACCUUGCCGAGGGCAAGCCUGUCACCCUGCGACAGGUUGGCGAGGCGACCACGAAGGGCGUGAUGACCGCCUAUCCCGUGGCAAUGCCCCUGAAGGCCCUCCUUCGCCACCCAGACGUCCUCUCUGCAGACAGGUGCCUGACGCGGGACGGGCUCGCCACCAGACAGGUGAUGAUCACCCUAAAGGGGCCACUCCCGGGCUCCCUAGACCUGGGAAGCUGGGGGGUAUUCUACACCCGCCCCUUCAACAAGGAGCCUCUGAGAUGCUACUUCUGCCAACAAUUCAGGCACCACUGCUCCCGAUCAACGCUCGCCUCCGAGGACCACUUCCCCAGCCUCCUUCCGCCACGCGCCACCCGAGCCACAACCCCAACCACAGCGGCACCACCUGCCCCGCAACCUCGUGCGGACGCCAUCAAACCCUCCACCUCAACGCCUGCCUCACAAUCUCAUCCUGCCUCCACCUCGGGCCCCUCGCAGCGGCAACACCGUGCUCCCACACCGCCCCCCCCCCCACCCAUGGCACAGCGCAAACACCGACGGCGCAACUGUCAGUCCGUCAGCUCCACCCCCAGGGAGGCUGUGAUGGACACAGACGCGCCCGAGGCUCCCGCCACCCAGAGCUCACCACCGGGUCAGACAUCAGUCACCUUCGCCAUCGGCCGCUCCCCACCACGGUCGCACGUCCCGGUGCAAACAGUCCCGCCGCGCUCCCGCAUCAUACAGCCCAAGCGGAGGGUGGAGCAGAGGCGCCGCGGCCCUGCGCCCACCCUCACGACGGCCCCCGUGUCCACCCCGGCGGCGUCCGCGAGGGGUGACGGCGUGAAGGUGCUGGCAGUAAGGGUGGCCUCGCCGAGCGCGACCAUAGAGCUUUACUGUGUGUACAGUGGCCAGGCUGCGGUUGCAGACUUCACCGAGCUUUUCUCACUCGCCGCCGAUGAGCCCACCUUCAUCGGCAGCGACUUUAACGCCCACCACGAGAGAUGGGGGAGCCGCCAGAACAACCGUGUCGGCCGCCACAUCGCAACAACGCUGGCGGACCUGCCGACUGUCACUCUGCUCAACACGGGGGAGCCCACUCACGUCCGCGGGGGGGGUGCUGGACCUCUCCCUGGUGUCGCAGCCUCUUGCUGUCGGCGCGACGUGGGCCCUGCAUGA